AUGUCUUCUCUCUUCAUGAUGCUCUUUGCUGUCUGCACCUUUAUCCUGUCGGCUGUGGCAUCGCCGAUGCCCACCGAGCUCUUCAACUCCUCUCUCGCGAAGCGGGUGACGCACACUGGCAGAGGCACAUGGUACUAUCCAGGCCUCGGAAAUUGCGGCGAAACCGACGACAGCAGCAGCAUGGUUGUCGCGAUGGCGAAGUCCUUCUAUGACGCUAAUGACGGGGGAAACUGUAAUCAGAUGCUCACCAUCAGCGCUAAUGGCAAGAGCGUACAAGCGACGCUUAGAGAUAGCUGCGAAUCUUGUGGUUAUUACGACCUGGACAUGUCCCCUGCUGUGUUCUCUGAGCUCGCAUCGCUCGAUGUGGGAGAGCUCUCUAUCAGCUGGCAUUUUGAUGCGAAAUAG